AUGGCAUCACAGACAUAUUCCGUUUUUGUUUCCGGCGUCACCGGCAAUAUUGGAGGCGCUGUGGCAAAACUGCUGCGAGAACUGUAUGGAUGGGACGUCAAGUCCACAGUUCGCGAUCCCGAUUCUCCUGGAGCAAAGGCUCUGGCAGCCCUUGGUGUGCAACUUCUUCCAGGCAGCUGGGACGAUAUUCCCUCUUUGGUGGAUGCCAUGUCUGGCAUCGACAAGUUGUUUGUCUGCACAGCAACACACGUUGAGGAUCCAGGCCUGGAGCAGGUCCACGCCGUCAAUAUUGUGCGCGCUGCUCAGUCCGUCGGCAGCAUCAAGCAGGUUGUCAUAUGUACAUCGGUCGGUGUCUUCUCUCACCAGGAGGGGGACAAGGCGCAGCACAGCACAUUCUUCGACAAGGUCAUGACGGCAAAGAGGGCCGGCGAGCGAGCAGUCACCGAAGACUCUCCCUGGAAGUGGACGAUACUUCGUCCAGCCAUCUUCAUGACCAAUUUCCUCGCCCCUCAGGUCGACUAUUUCAGUCCAGGAUUCCGGGCAUCGGGUGUUUGGCGAAGCACCAUGACAUCGGAGACACCACUUGCCCUUGUCCUCCCCGAAGAUAUUGCCAAGAUUGCCGUCGCAGUGUUUGGGCAAGACGAAAAGUAUCAUGGCCGAGUCUUGGGUGUUGCGGGCGACGUGCUCACGGUGGAGGACGCGUUGACCCAGCUGGGGGGCAAAACAAAGCGGUCUUACACGCCGUAUUACAUGUCAGAUGAUGAGAUUGAGGAGCAGAAGGAGUCCCUGUGUUUUACCGUUGCUGAAAGGUCUUUGCGUCACAUGGCCGAUAACAUUGACCUUGAUGAGUUAAGGUCCAUGGCCGACCUGACUAGCUUCAAGGGAUUUUUGGAGAAGCAAGAGGAGCUGGUGAAGCUCGCCUAUAGCGGCUAG